UUUGAGUUUGGCCCAACUCCAUGUCCCCUGGCUCCCCAUUGCAGUCCAGCUCAGUGGCACCGAGCUUCAGUGAGUGAGCAAGAGAUUGCGCCAUGGCCGCUACCACCACCGACGCCGCCGCCGGCGGCGGUCUGGUCCUCCUCCUGCUCUCCCACCUUGCGGUGGCGGUGGUGGUCGCCGGCGACCCUCUCCUCCUCGCGUGCGGCGCGCCAGCCGCCAUCACCCUCCCCGACGGCCGCGUCUUCCUCCCGGACUCCAAUGUCUCCAUCUCACCGGCCCACGCCUCCCGCGCCACCACCACCACGGCGUCCUCGCCGCUCUACUCCACGGCGCGCGCCUUCUCCGCCGAGGCCACCUACUCCCUCCCCGUCCCCCGCUCGCCCCACCGCCACCUCCUCCUCCGCCUCCACUUCCCCCAGCCCGCGCAGUUCGCCGUCGCCGCGGGCGACCUCGAGCUCGUCUCCGGCGCCCGUCCGGCCUCUCGUGCAACCACGGGCCGCCACCGCUACCGCGAGUACCUGCUGCCGCACCGCGGCGGCGGAGGGCUCCUGCGCCUCCGCGUCUCGCCGCGCCCGGGCUCCCUCGCUCUCCUCAGCGCCGUCGAGCUCCUCCCGGCGCCGGACGCCCUGCUCCCGCUCCCGCUCAGCCCGCCGGAGCCUUUCCGGCUCGCCCAGACCUGCUACCGCGUCAAUGCCGGCGCGGCGAGCGGGGAGGCCUCGCUCAACGACUCCUUCUGGAGGCUGUGGGAGGGGGACGCCGCGUACCUCCUCAACCCCGCGGCCGCGCGCUCCGUCUCCGUCGACCCGGCCAGCGUCCGCUACCCCGCGGGGGGCGCCCCGCCGUACGCCGCUCCGGCCGCGGUGUACGCCGACGCGCAGGAGAUGGCCGACGCCGGCGUGGGCAACCAGCGGUUCAACCUCUCCUGGGCGUUCCCCGUCGACCCGGGCUUCCGCUACUCCGUCAGGCUGCACCUCUGCGACAUCGUCGGCCGCAACUCCACCGACCUGGUCUUCGACGUCUACAUCAACGGCGGCGCCGUGCUCAGCUCCUUCGAUCUGUCCGGCAAGCUCGGGCUGUUCAACGCCUACUUCGUGGAUUUCAUCGCCGAUGCACCGCCAGGGUCCGAGAAAAUCUUGCUGCAGCUUGGGCCGCCUCGUCUGUCAUACUCGAAGCCGAAUGCCAUCCUCAAUGGCGUCGAGAUCAUGAAGCUCGGUGACCGGGAGGCGGUGCGCCGUGUCGACGCCCUCAACACCGCUCAGACAUCGAAGGCCGCGCGCAAGAAGAAGAUUGCGGUUGUCACCGCCGCAACCGCCGGCGGAGCAACGCUCAUCGCCAUCUGCAUCGCGGGGACGCUGCUGCUCCUCAGGCACCGCCGGCGGGGUAAGAAACAACGGCGGUCCCUCGGCCGGCCGCCGUCCUCCUCCAUAGGCCUCCACACGCACACCGGCGUCUCCGCGUCCAAGGUCUCAGCCGCUACUAGAAGCCACAGCCGCCCAUCCUCGGGGCCGUCCCUCAGCAUCGGCCAGAUACGGCGGGCGACCGGCGACUUCGACGAGGGCCGGGUGGUCGGCGUCGGCGGGUUCGGCAAGGUGUACAGGGGGGUCCUGGAGAACGGCACGGCGGUGGCCGUGAAGCGCGGGAACCCGCGGUCGCAGCAGGGCCUGCAGGAGUUCCGCACGGAGAUCGAGAUGCUGUCCAGGCUCCGGCACCGGCACCUGGUGUCGCUCAUCGGGUACUGCCACGAGGACAACGAGAUGGCGCUGGUCUACGAGUUCAUGGCCGGCGGGCCGCUCCGGAGCCACCUCUACGGCGCUCCCGGCGCGCUCCGGCCGCUGUCGUGGAAGCAGAGGCUCGAGGCCUGCAUCGGCGCGGCCAAGGGCCUGCAUUACCUUCAUACCGGCGUCUCCGAGACGAUCAUCCACCGGGACGUGAAGACCACCAACAUCCUCCUCGACGGGAACCUCUCCGCCAAGAUCUCCGACUUCGGGCUGUCGAUGCCGGCGCCGGCCGCCGAGCAGGCGGCGCGCGACGUCGGCGCCGCCGCCGCCGCCGCGGUGAAGGGCAGCUUCGGGUACCUGGACCCGGACUACCUGAGGCGGCAGACGCUGACGGACAAGUCGGACGUGUACUCGUUCGGCGUGGUGCUCCUGGAGGUGCUCUGCGCCAGGCCGGCCGUCGACCCGGCGCUGCCCCGCGAGCAGGCGAGCCUCGUGGACUGGGCGAUGCCGCGGCAGAGGCUCGGCGAGCUGGAGAGGGUGAUGGACCCCCGGCUCGCGGGCGGCGUCGGCGCCGCCUCGCUGCGCAAGUUCGGCGAGACCGCGGAGAAGUGCCUCGCGGAGUACGGCGCCGAUCGGCCGGCGAUGGGCGACGUGCUGUGGAGCCUGGAGCGCGCGCUCCGGCUGCAGGAGGCGUUCCUGAGCACCGGCGGAGAGGGGAGCAGCAGCAUUGCGUACGGCGGGCAGGGGCUUCCGGGCAGGGUUCGUCCGGUGGACGGCGAUGCUGAAGAUGGUGCGGACGCUGGGGUGGCAACAAGGGUCUUCUCACAGAUAUUGGAUCCAAGGGGAAGGUAGAUGCUGCUGCUUGGGAGGUGGCCUGACAGUUGACAAAAAAUACUUGUUUUUCUGCGGUUCAGUAUCGUAUUUCCGUUGAAAUUGCUGGUGUUCUGGUCGUAAGAUGAUGGAAGGAAAUAACGACUCGCUACCGUUUUAAUCUGCUUUCAGCACCAUCAGUGGAAGAAUACGAUAAAAGGUAGUGCCAUACUGUCAGCAAAAACUA